AACAAAAAACAUGGAGGGUGCAAUCAGCAGUGACGCCGCAAAAAAGAAGUUCUCAUUGUGUUUAUAAGCUGCUGCUGGAGUCUCUCCUCUCCUCACACUCCACUGCUGCUCAUCUCUCAGCUGGACAGUAAGGGAGCUUUACAGCACACACUGCCAACAUGCUGGGGAGCCUCUGCACUCUCAUCACUGCUCUAACAUGUGUGAGUGGUGUGACGCUGGUGACACAGAAGCCUCCUGUUGUGACGCUGAGGACAGGACAGACAGCCACCAUGGACUGUAACUUGGGAACUGUCACUGGUGCUUCGGCUCGCUGGUAUAAACAGGUUCCAGGAGGAGGUCCUCAGUUUGUGUUGAGGUUUCAUCACAGCUGGAGCUCUGUGAGAUAUGGCUCUGGAUUCUCUGCUCCCAAAUUCACAUCUAAUCAUCAGUCACAAUCAGAUUAUCAUCUGAUCAUCAACAAUGUGGAGGAGGGAGAUUCAGCCGUCUAUUACUGUCAAACGUGGGACAGCUCUGCUAAAGAGGAGGUAUUCGGACAAGGCACCAAGCUGAUUGUGACAGGCUCCACCCUCCCUCCUCCUGUCUUGACAGUCUUCCCUCCGUCCGCUGAUGAGCUCCAGUCCAACAAAGCCACUCUGGUGUGUGUGGCCAGUCUGCCCAGUCCGUCUCUGGGUUUUGCAGAUGUUACCUGGACGGCUGCCGGGAGUCCGGUGAGCAGUGGGGUCUCUAGCAGCAGCGCUGUUCAGCAGCCGGACCAGACUUUCCACAUCAGCAGCUAUCUGGCCAUCCAGACGGCAGACUGGAAGCGGGAUAAGGCCUACACAUGUCAAGUGUCUGUGGGCUCCAAGGCUUCAGAGAAAAGCAUCAAGAAGUCAGACUGCAGCACUUAAGAGCAGCAGGCUGACACAAUUACCAUUUCACAUCUGCUUCUGUAUUGCUUUGUGCUGUUUGAUCAUUUUGGGCUUCACGAUGUUCACAAAUCAAAUGCGUUAAAUACAUUUUUUCUUCUCUUUUUUUAAUAAGUGUUGCUGCAUUUAGACAGAGUUAAUGAUUUAGCACAAUUCAUGUAUUGUUUUGUGAACUUAUUCAAUAAAAGCA